AUGGUUCAACGCAGUGCGAAGUUCCUUUGUAUUCCAACAUCUGCAAAGCGUCGUAGGGAAGGUGAGACGGCGCUAGAUCCGCACGCCGCCACCGUCGUCCUGCUCUCUCCUUCGCCAUCUCCUCCGUCCUCUACAUUACAAGGCGUCGGUGGUCGCCGGACGAUUCCCCGAAUACCCUUCUCUCGAAGCUCUUCAUCAAAACUCUACCCAGACGUCCACGUAACCACGAAACCCUCGACCGGCCAUUGCUCAUUUGCUCUUCUUCGUUCUGACUUACCUCCUCCUGUAGGCCGUAGGCUCGCCAUCACGCCAACCCACUCCGACCUCGCCGUCAAAUCAUCUCCUUCCCCUUCUCCGCCAGUUUUGGAAUCCGCUGCCGGACGCUCCCCUUCCUUCGCCUUCGGCAUGGUCAUCUCGCGGGAGACGCCAUCCAGGCGCCCGAAUCCGUCCCCGGAGACGGCGGCAGCCGCCGAAUCUCGGCUCCCUCUCCGAGGGACGCAGGGGAGCCUCCUCCAAGGCUUCCCCUUCCAGAUCUUGAAGACGUGGGGCAGGCAUAGGGGGGUCCGUUGCAUGGGCAAGGAGGAGACCGCCGACGCCGGCGAACGGCGAUCUCCGUCGGAGUCGGCGUGCCCUCGGAUCCGUGUCCCGGAUAGCGGCCGCAGCGACGGAGACGACUCGGGAGUUGAGGAGGUCAGGGAACGCCUGUUGGUUCACCUCCGUGAGGCAGCGGACCGGAUGAAGUUGGUGCUGCCCAAAGGCAGCGGCGAGACUGAGCCGGCUCCGGUGCCGGAGUUGACGCCCGAUCUCGAGGCUUCCGACGGCUCUAAGGCACUUCCAUGGAAUCUGAGGACGCGGCGCGGUGCGUCGAGGGAGAUCGAGCGGCGCCGGAGUGUUUCCCCUCCGCCGCCGCCGCCCACGGCGGAGAAAAGGACGGUCCGGCUGAGGUCGGAGGGUCCUAGGAGAAAGGAGCGGCCUAGGUUCUCGAUCUCGCUCACGAAAGAGGAGAUCGACGAGGACAUCUACGCCGUGACCGGGUGCAGGGCUCGCCGCCGGCCAAGGAAGCGGCCGAGAGUCAUCCAAAAGCAGCUCGAGGCGCUAUUCCCCGGCUCGUGGCUGACGGAGAUCGCCGCCGACAGCUACAAGGUCCCAGAACAGCGGUAACCCUACCGCGAGGGACGCGACGCCUCGGACUCCGUAUCGUCCAGCCAUGGGUUUCUCCUACAAAAGACAAUAGUAAGGGCGGAAAAAAAAUCAUCUUUUCUUUCAGAAUUCGCUACUUUGACAUCGUAGAAAACCCUCAUUGCGUCAAAAAUUCGUCCUGUAAUCGUCCUGUUUUAUGAGUUCCAACUGUCGCUCUGUUCCAGAA